GCCGCCAAGACAGCAUAGCAUGCAUUUCAGUCAGUCCGCAUACGUAUAGAUCUAUCAUCCGCACUACACUACACCCACGCUUGGCCAGGCCACCGAACAUUGAUUGAUUGGACGCAUACCAACCUGUAGGACGAUGAACAGACAGACAGACACGGAUGCAUUCAUUCACUUAUUGAUUGACUUGGACAAAAGACAGACCUAGGCUAGGCAGAUGUGCGGAUCUGUUCACUUCACGCCUGUGCCUGGUGAGACGGACGAGACCAUGACAUUGCCGCCCGACACGCUAAUACGUUGCCUUGCCUACCUGGUCCACAUUGGGGUCCUGGAUGACGAUCAGGAUGUAGUCGCGGUCAGGGGCAACCAUUAUCUCGUGCUUGCGGCUUCUCACACGCAGAAACGUCAGGUCAUUCUGUGUGGAUGAAACCAGCCAGUGGACACCCAAGGAAGGCAUGAUUAUUGGAUAUACAAAUUGGAGCAAGCCCCGACCCUCCUGUUGUCUGUCUGCCUGCCUGCCCUCUGUCCUCCCUCCCUCCCUGGAUGCGAUGCAGCCUGACUGACCUGUGGGUCCAGGUCACGAACGACGCUUCGGGCCUUGGUGGCGAGCUGGGAUAUCUGGACCGACGAAAGCAAGGAGAGGCGUGUCGGUAGGCAGUGGUGUGGUGUCUGUCGUGCAUGUAGGUCGGUACCAGCGCCGAAUACUGUAGGGUCAUCUUGCUGUCGAGUGUGGAGCGGAUCGGCACGCCCUCGCUGUUCACGAUGACGAUGCCACUAACGCCGCGGUGCUGUUUGAUGCGGGCAAGGGUCUCCUCCACCUCACUGCUCAUACUGGCGG